CAGGUUGGUCAUAAAAUCACUCAAAGUGGUUUUGUUGUUUGGUGAGGUUUUGUUGGCUGGACCUGGUAUAUUCCAUGUUUGAGUUGUCUAUUGAAGGCUUGGAGUUGUAGAAGGAAAAGUAAAAGAAGAACAUGCCUCCGGUUAUUGUUGUUGGCCGACUGUUGGGAUAGUGGUGAAUAUCGGAGUGUCGAUUUCGAAUCAAAAACCAGUUUAGUUGUAACGCGAUCAUCGCUUUGUUAAGACGUGUUUUACCGACUCAAGUUGUUAAUGACUGGAGAAGUACUUUUGAGGUGCAGCGCAGAACUCGGCACAAUCACAAUUCCUUACUCCAGUAGUCACAACCUGACUAUUCGAGCCGUAAAUAUUCCGAAAUGUGUGAAUGAAUUCAAGUUAUUAUCUCAGUGAGUGAACGUGCCCGUUGUUUACUUAACACAAUUUUUGAAUAUUUUGCCGCGUGAUCACGACCAUAGUAUUACUCAGUGGAAUUUGAAUUUCAUAUGUUUGGAUUUUGUUCUCUUGGAGUAACCUAACUGAAAGAUUAAAAUAUAAAGUGAUAACGAACGAAUUAUAAAGUCAUUGUGUGGAAUGUGGUAGAGAACGAACCGAGCAAACAGUUAAGUGAACUAGAUCUUCGUUAAAAAUAAGUUUAGUGUUCCGUAUCAAGAAGUAACCGCACCUUAUCAAACAUCACAAAAUGAUAACCAUGAAUGAAUUAGUGGAUUUACGCAUGCAGCAGCACAUCGCGCAUGAGAUCUAUAGACAGCAGAUCAUGCAACGGAUACCAGAUCCGUUCCCAGCUAUGAUACCGGUCCCGAUGCCGCGUCAUAUAAUGUUACCGCCACGUGUUACAUUACCCGGUGUAGAAGCAAACUUACAAAAUAAUGAUUUAUGGAAUCAAUUUCAUCAAAUUGGCACCGAAAUGAUUAUCACGAAAAGUGGAAGACGUAUGUUCCCUUCAAUGCGAUUAUCGGUCUCAGGAUUGGAGGACGAUGCCAACUAUUGUGUCCUUUUGGAAAUGGUACCCAUUGGUGAUUGUCGAUACAAAUUUUCCGGAUCACAAUGGGUUCCAGCCGGUGGUGCUGAACCACAAAGCCCGCAACGUAUGUAUUUGCAUCCGGAUAGUCCAGCCCAAGGAUCACAUUGGCAAGCGCAACCAAUUCUAUUCAACAAAGUGAAACUGACAAAUAAUACAUUGGACAAUAAUGGACAUGUUGUCCUAACGAGUAUGCAUAAAUAUCAGCCCCGAAUUCACAUAAUCCGCACAUCAGACCCUACACAAAUCCCAUGGGCGCCACAACAGGCCUUCGUAUUUCCUGAAACAGAAUUUGUAGCCGUCACCGCCUAUCAGAAUGAUCGGAUUACGAAAUUGAAGAUCGAUAACAAUCCGUUCGCGAAAGGUUUCCGCGAAACUGGACAAUCAAGAUGCAAACGAAAAAUGACAUCAUCCGAGGGAGGCUCAAGCGGCGAAGGUUCGUCACAAUCAGAAAUCUCCGAAUCACCGACCAAAAAUUCUGAAUCAUUGGACGACUCCAACUACGAUCUUGAUAACAACAAUCAUGCCGCGAGUGUUAAACGUAUGCGAUCGACCGGGUCAGCGUGCUCAGUAUCUUCGAUGGACGACAGCGUGCAUUCCAUGAGCGGAAGUUCAAGUGGCGCGAGCUCCCCAGCGAAUACCAAUGACGACCCCCGAAUCCAACACCCAGCUGCAUUGCCCGUCGCCAGGAAUGACCUUAUUCUGCAGCAAUUCCAUCAAAAUAUGCAGUCCCUCAUUCAACCCUCGCUGGUCGACCUAGCCUGCUCGUACUUCGGACGGCAACCUUACUACCCAAGCCAUCAUAUGCCCGGCUACUAUUCACCUCAAAUUGCAGAAGCGCAGCCUUGCAAUGGAUCACCAGUUCCGGCAGAUGUUGCACCGAUAAUGUCACCACCAUUAAUUCCGAAUAACAAUAACAACAUUAGCAACAACACUACCAGCUACAAAGAAAUUUCCUCGCCGAAAGUUCCAAGGAAAACCAGCUUCACAAUAUCAGCGAUAUUAGGAAGCGAUCACUAAAGAUUAAGUGUUGCAAUCGAAAGUGCUAAUUCAGUUUCAUUUCCUCAUCGGUAAAUGGUAUUUGGAAUAUCAAGUGCAAUUAUUCUACUUCGGAAUGGCGAAGUGCAUUUUCACCGACUUACCUUAUUUAUAACACAAAUCAUUGUACAUACAAGCAUGAAAAUCAAAAUCGGGAAAAGUUUCUUUACUGUUAUUCAGGGCUGUGGUAAUUUUCAAAGAAGACUGCAUUUCAUUUCAAAUAAAAAUAAAAUAAAAUAAAAUCAUUUUUUCCUAUGGAACAAUGUAAAUUUGUAGAUUUUAUUAUGAGCAUGAAAACCAUUAUUUUACUAAGAAUAAAAAUGAAAAAAAAA